GAUACACCAACACCAUGGGCAAGGAUACCUAUCUUGAUCACUAUCGUCCUUCAUUUAAAUUAUGAUGCCUCUUCUGAAUGGAACCAGAGUCUGGCUAAAGUUACGGUCAUUCUAAGUUGAUAUCAACCUAUACUUGGUUCACAAUGAUCACACUUCUCUCUCCCCAUUUUGUCCUCCAAGAGGUCACCGAAGAUGAUCUUGCUCUUGCUUCGCUAGCCUGGGGCUUCACGAUCGGCUUUGGAUGGCUCACCACCUGGACAGCCAUGAAGCAAACAAAACGUAUGUACGAGAGACGCGGCCUUCUCGUAUUCCGCAGUGCCUAUGUCUGGAUGAUUUGGCUCGAGAUUCUUGUAUGCCUCAUCUUCAGCAUUAUCUGUUGGUUGCACUUGAAAGGCAUAAUUCCCCCGAGUUUCGCGUUCUACUUUUGCAUUCUUACUACAUGGGCACUUCAAGUUCAAUUUCUUCUCCAAAUUAUCAUUAAUCGUUGCUCUAUCCUUCUCACAGAUUCAGUAACGGCAUACCGUCUUAAGGUCGGUGUUGCAGUCUUAAUCACAGCCGUUAAUAUCUCGGUCUAUAAUAUUUGGAUCCCCGCCCGUCUCCAGAUCUCAGAGAGAUAUAUCUGGAUCAACGAGUGGUGGGACCGUGUCGAGAAGGGGAUCUACCUUCUUGUCGACGGAGCACUCAAUUUCUAUUUCAUUCGCGUUGUUCAACAGAACCUAGUGGCAAAUGGCUUAACUAAGUAUAAGAGUCUGGUCAAGUUCAAUAUGUGCAUCGUCGGAUUCUCCCUCAGCAUGGAUGUGCUUAUUAUCUCUAUGAUGAGCUUGCAUAACACGUUCGUUUACAUGCAGUUUCAUCCCUUCGCAUACAUAGUCAAGCUCAAGAUCGAGAUGUCAAUGGCAGACUUGAUAGGGAAAAUUGCCAGACAGCGACAAUGCGGUGUCAUCUCUAAUGGCACUUUUUGCGACCUGGAGACAACGCGACAGGGAACCGUUCCAAGUAAAAGCCUCACGACCACGUAUAGUAGGACAAGAGUCUCCACGGAGGGAAUCCGUACUGUUCGCGGAGUUGAUGCAGUAUCUAUCGAGUUGCAGGAAGGACUAGAUGGGUCAGCUGCCUUCAAUGGCCGGUCAAAGACGAACAGGGACACGGGGUUUCUUGGCCAAUCUUCAUCUUCAAGCUUGAAACUGGGCGAGGCUAUUUAUACCACGGAAGACAAUCGCAUCAACGUCGACGCUGCAACAAGCAAUCAUGGGGAAAGCACAUGUAGUGUUGCAGAUAGCUUCAACGAGAACGGAUCGGCAAGGAAGGACGACGAUGAUGAAAGACCGCUGAGGUACUAG